AGCGGUGUUUUGGGCUUCCCUUUGUUAGCCGACUGACUUCCGUUUGCAUGUUUUUCUCCUCUCAGAUUUCUGGAAUUUACAGUCUUGUGGGAGUGAGAGCUGCAUGCCUCAUUUAUUAACAAGUGAUAGUUGCGGUUCCGUGUUUUCGAACAGGAGGUCCAGCAUUUCCGCCUGACUCGAGCCGGAGCCUGUUACUCUUUUUUUCCCACUGGUUAGCUGGCUAACACAGGCCAGCUGAGUUAAAUCACCCAACAUGUUUCGCUUCUUGAACGACGCCGACGACGACCCCUUCAUGAUGGAUCCGUUUGCUGCUCACAGGCACCAAAUGAGAAGUAUGUUUGGGCCAUUUGGGAUGGAUCCAUUUGCUCUUGCACCCCAGAUACAGCCACAUCGAGCAGCACGCAGACAGCCUGCUGUGGCUGGCCCUCUUGCUCCCUUUGGAAUGAUGGGGAUGGGUGGUGGUUUUAUGGAUAUGUUUGGCAUGAUGGGAGAAAUGAUGGGAAACAUGGAAAGAAUGUCUGGAACACCGAGCUGUCCAACGUUUUCCUCUUCAACAGUGAUCUCUUAUUCGUCUUCAGACACGGGGGGUCCUAAAGUUUAUCAGCAGACAAGUGAAACAAGAACGGGGCCUGGAGGGAUCCGUGAGACAAGGCAGUCCAUGAGGGACAGUGAAAGUGGCUUUGAGCGUUUGGCCAUCGGCCACCAUAUUGGCGAUCGGGCACAUAUUAUGGAGCGUUCACGAAAUCGGCGUACUGGAGAUCGUGAGGAACGGCAAGACUUCAUCAACCUUGAUGAGAGUGAUGCUGCAGCGUUUGACCAUGAAUGGAGGAGGGAGGCAGUAAGAUACGUUCCCCCAAAUGCCCGCGGGCUGGAUUAUGUCCAAGAUCCAUGUGGAGGAGGACAGCAACUGGCUCUCCCUGCUCCAUCCAGCUCAACACCCCCUCAUCGACAUGAGUCUCCCAGGCACCGUCAGCCCCACACCCGUCCACGUUACGACUGGUGAGAAGGCGUCCUACUUUGCAUUGUGAACGGACGGAAGGAGUCGAGGGAGAACCUCCCCGAUGCUGUGAAACACGCUGAAGAUGGAAGUUGACAAAUGAAAUGACUCUCCGUCAUUAAUGUUUGAUAUGACUGGACUGUCUAAACAUGAAUACUUAUUAUACACACACACACGCACAACAAAGCAAAACACAUUUAAUAGUUACAUCCACAGGUCAACUUCUUUACUGUUAUACAGAUAUACAGACACCCUUGAGUAAACUUGGGUGUAACGACACUCACUUUAUAUAUACUCAUUCUCAAAACUUGACAUGCGUCUUUCCCCGCUGCAUUUAGCUGCUGCAGUAUACAGUACUUCUGCUGUACAGUCCAUUUUAUGUUAGUGUGGGCACUUGUGUGUCAGUGAAAUGAAUUGUAUACUGUUAACUAAUUAAUCUAACUAAAUAAAAGGUCAUUAAACAUUGUUAGAUA